AUGCCGUCUACGUGUCGUCGUCUAACCCACACAUCAACAUGCGAGGGAGUAGAUCCUUCGUCAACCUAUGCAUCCACAGGGCAUUUUCGAGAGGGCGAAAAGUGUAAUGGAAAUGGGGAGGGGUUCUUCUGGUCCGUUGAUGUGAGUCCCCCCUCUGCUUCCCCUCCCCGCUUUGCUGAUCUGCUCGCCCGUUAUUCCAAGGCUCGUUCUCGAUGUCAGAAUGCGAGGGAGUGGAUUCUUCUUGCGAUUACCGUGUUUGAGAACAGCUGCUUACCCUGUGACCGUAAGCGCCCGCUGUCCGCCCGUCAAGAUUCACCCCGACCACCACAGCAUGCCUACUGCCUCGUCAACUCGAUCAACCCUUUCGGACGCGACGCUUGA